UGUGCGCAUGCGUGGCAGCGGUUCCCACCCUCUACCUGAGUGAGAGCAGCGCACCUGGAUCCAACGAGACGGAAGUUUCCUCAAGUAGGAAGGGAAUCGCUUUGUGGUUGUUUCUUCGUCUACUUGCCCCCAAGAAGACCAAAUAAGACGUGUUCGGUGCCGGAAUGAGGAGGAUGGCGGUGCCGCCUCGGAGGAAGACAUAACUCCAGUCGUCCCGUCUUUUGUUGAUGAUUUGGCUCUGAUUGACCGACUCAUGGUGUCCAUCCAAGAAGAAGAAUGAGUUCCCUGCGUAGACUGCUCCGAAGAAGACUGCGGCCACUGAAGGUGGCGGUGGCGGCGGCGGUCUUUGUCACGUUCAUGGUCUUCAUGCAGUGGGAAGUGGGGCGCCAAGGUCCGCAGGAGGACCCGUGGCUGAAAGAGAUCAAGGAGAAGCGGGACAGCAUGCUGGGCAUGGUGAUGGGAGCCGUUCAGAACUUCAGGGAGGCCAUGCCCAAGAUGCAGAUUAAAGCACCCGUCCGUCAGAGGGACGGCGCCAACAACACGUCCUGUUUGCCGGGACACUACACGCCGGCGGAGCUCAAAACGGCCCUGGAGAGGCCGCCGCAGAACCCGCUGGCUCCCGGCGCCGGCGGGAAGGCCUUCAACACCGACUCUCUGAGCCCCGAGGAGCAGAAGGAGAAGCAGAGCGGCCAAGAUAAGCACUGCUUCAACUUGUACGCCAGCGAUCGCAUCUCCUUGAGCCGAGACCUGGGCGCCGACACCAGACCCCCAGAAUGUAUCGAGCAAACCUUCAAGCGCUGCCCCCCCUUGCCAACCACCAGCGUGAUCAUCGUGUUUCACAACGAGGCUUGGAGCACCCUGCUAAGGACGGUGUACAGCGUCCUCCACACGUCCCCCGCCAUUCUCCUCAAGGAGAUUAUCCUGGUGGAUGACGCCAGCGCUGAUGACAUGCUGAAGGACGAGCUGGACGAGUAUUUGAAAGCCUUGAGUAUCGUUCGCGUGGUUCGUCAAAAAGAGAGGAAAGGCCUCAUCACAGCUCGGUUACUGGGCGCCUCCGUGUCCACCGGUGACACACUCACCUUCCUGGACGCGCACUGCGAAUGCUUCCACGGUUGGCUGGAGCCGCUGCUUGCCAGGAUAGCGGAGAACUCCACCAUGGUGGUCAGUCCCGACAUAACCACCAUCGACCUCAACACGUUCGAGUUCAUGAAGCCGUCCCCGUACGGACAGCACCACAACCGGGGCAACUUUGACUGGAGCCUGGCCUUCGGAUGGGAGAGUCUUCCGGAUCCUGAGAAGCGAAGGCGGAGAGACGAAACCUACCCGAUCAUGACUCCUACGUUUGCUGGCGGCCUCUUCUCCAUCUCCAAGGAAUACUUCUACCACAUUGGAAGCUACGAUGAGCAAAUGGAGAUCUGGGGUGGAGAGAAUAUCGAAAUGUCUUUCAGGGUGUGGCAGUGUGGCGGACGUCUGGAGAUAAUCCCGUGCUCCGUUGUCGGCCAUGUUUUCCGCACCAAGAGCCCCCACACCUUCCCCAAGGGCACUCAAGUGAUCGCUCGCAACCAGGUCCGACUGGCCGAGGUGUGGAUGGACGAGUACAAGGAGAUCUUCUACCGGCGUAAUCAGCAGGCGGGACAGAUGGCCAAAGAGAGAACCUUUGGAGACAUCUCCAAACGCGUGGACCUCCGUGAGCGUCUGCAGUGCAAGAGCUUCUCCUGGUAUUUGAAGAACGUCUACCCGGAGAUCUUCAUGCCCGACAUCAACCCUCUCCGCUUUGGCGCGGUGAGAAAUGUGGGCAAGGACUGGUGCUUGGACGCAGGAGAGAACAACGAGGGCGGCAAGCCUUUGAUCAUGUACCCGUGUCACGGACUUGGAGGGAAUCAGUAUUUCGAGUUGUCCACGCAUCACGAGCUGCGACACAACAUCCAGAAGGAGCUGUGUCUGCACGGGGUCGCCGAGGGGGCGGUCAGGCUGGAGGCGUGCCAGUACAAGGGCAGGAACACCUUUGUAGGACCCGAGCAGAAAUGGGAGCUGAAUGAUAACAAGCUACUCCGCGUGCCGAGGAGGAACAUGUGUCUCACCGCCCGUCCCGAGCAUCCUUCCCUUGCUCCCUGUGACCCCACCGACACCUUCCAGCUCUGGUUCUUCGCCUGAAUGUACGUGACACCAGAUGGACUUUUAAUUUAUUUUUACAAGUCAUGAUAGUUUGUGCCUGCGGGGAGGAAACGUUGGAGUCCAAAGAUGCUUUAUUGGACUAAAGUAUUGGGACAGUCAGGCCAUUCCUAACAGCUAGCCGUGUCCCAAGACUUUUGUCCAUGCAGUGUGCUAAGUCAGUGCAGUAUUAUGCAUAGAAAGCCCAAUUCAAUCUCUAGAUUUUUUUUUUUUUUUACAAUUUGCCCGCCAAAGAGAGUGAAAGUGAAAAUCUGAAACAGAAAAAUAAUUGUCCUUCAAAUUCCUGUUUUUAUAUGAGAAUACAUUUCUUCCACUGCCCUGGUGUCACUUUAUUCCACCCUUAUAUAAUAUAUAUAAAUAUCAACAGUUAGAAAUACUAAAGAGGAGGCUAAGUAAUGAGUUCGCUACCUUGCCAUGCAAAAAAAGCGGCGGCUUUUGUCCCUACAGAGUCCCCGUAGCUUGCGCGUAAGAGUUGCGCAGUGUGGUCUAAACGAAGCUAGCAGUAGUGCUAAUCGAGCGACAAACGUCAAAGUGACGUCGGUCUUGAAUUCACUUGCCAUUCUUCAAUCAAUUCCAACCCGUUUCUUACAGUUGGAAUCACUAAAUAGGGGGCUAACUAAUCAGCUCGCUAGCUUGCUAUGCCAAAAACGUCGGCAGUCUGUUGUUUCCCUACAGAAAUCCUCUUUGCGCAGUGUGUAAACAAAGCUAGCAGUAGUGCUAAUGGAGUGACUGACGUCAUUCGUGAACGGAGCAAUGUGUGAAUUUUUAUAGUAGCGCUUAAUCAUUUGAAUCUAUGCAAAAUAACGUGUUUUUUAUGCUAUGGUAGGAACUCCACUACUUUUUAAAGUUGAGCAGACCUAUGAUGUGGAAGUACCAUGAGGUAUCGCACAUCCUCAAGGUGUACUUGCAGUCCCGAAAGUGGUCGCUAGAGGGCGCUUUAGACUGCCGUCAGGUGAGUCACCCUCGCAGUGACGUCAUGAUGAAGACCAAAUGACAUUUAUUUCAAAAGCAUGUAGAAAAUAAAGCAAGCAGAUUUCCGUCUACGGUUAAAAAGCAAACACAUAAAAUGUAUCACAUUGUGCAAAACAUUUGCAUUUCACAAAAUCUAAAAUAUCCCAAAUAAAAAUCCAGGCACA